AGGUCUUUCAGCUCCAGUCUGGUCUGGGGCCUGGACACAAAAAGAAAAGGACCCCCAAACCUUCGGAGGGAAAUCCAAUAAAAUUUCAAACUCAGGUCCCUUUUAGAAGCAAAAUGAAAACAAAAGUAAAAGAGAGAACAUAAACGUCGUGUGCAUAGCUGACGAAUAUUUCCUCCAUUCCAAACCCUUGGAGAGGAUUUCUCUUCAAUUUCCGAAAUUUAGGGGUUGGAAUUCGGAAUAUGUCGGAGAGUAGCAGCCGGAAUGGCGGGCCGGACUUUCACCUCCCCGAUGAAAUACUUUCGGUCAUUCCGACAGACCCGUAUGACCAAUUGGAUGUAGCCCGGAAGAUCACCUCUAUGGCAAUCGCUUCUCGUGUUACGAAUCUGGAGUCUGAUAUGGGUAGGCUCCGUCAAAAGCUUCACGACAAGGAUCGCGUGAUCCUCGACCUCGAAGACAAGGUCUCUCAGCUCGAGCAGGCCUCUCACGCCGCCGAAUUGCGAUUGAACAUCACUCUCCAAGAUAAUGUGAAACUUUCCAAAGAGAGGGAUUCUCUGGCUUUGACUGCAAAGAAGCUUGCUCGCGACUUAGCAAAGUUGGAGACCUUUAAAAGGCAAUUGGUGCAGUCUUUGAGUGAUGAUGACUCAUCUCAAGCUGAAACUGUUGAUAUUGGCACUUACGAUCAAUCUGUUCACAGGUCAUAUCCUGUAAUAGAGGAGGUGAAUGGCUACACAAUGCAUCAUUCUUUCAGUGGGUCAAUGGAUGGCAGAGGCAGUUACGAUGAUGCCUCAAAGCAAGCUGUGCAAAGAUUUUCCAUCCCUUACAUAACACCACGGCUUACUCCAACUGACACACCAAAAACAACUUCUGCUAGUGUAUCCCCCAGAAGAUUUUCUGCUGCUGUAUCUCCUCAGAGGACAUCUGGCAGCAGCACUCCAACAAACCCUCAAUUUCAAGGCCGAGGUUCAGUGUCAUCAUUCUAUCCUUCGAGUCAACAGUCCUCAGCAGCUAACUCUCCUCCAAGAGCACGCGCAAAACCAGCUCAAACUCCUCGAGUUGAUGGGAAGGAGUUUUUCCGUCAAGCCAGGAGUCGUCUGUCUUAUGAGCAGUUCAGUGCAUUUCUAGCUAACAUAAAGGAAUUAAAUGCUCAAAAGCAAUCUCGCGAGGAAACUUUGAAAAAAGCAGAAGAGAUUUUUGGGACAGAUAACAAAGAUCUCUAUCUAUCAUUCCAAGGGAUGCUUAACCGCGGUGUUCGUUAAAAGUACGGAAAAUCUGGGGUAUAUAUGAUUUCCCAUAUUAUGGUAGCUCAAACAUUUAACAGAGUCUUAGCUUAGUGGCUGUUGUUUUGCGUGUGUCUAAAGUUGACCGAUGGGCAUGUGGAACUCGUGGAGCUGUGCUCCAACUUUAGGUACAGAUUGUCAAUCAUCAACUGAGAAAUCUUUCGAGCUUUAAACCUUCUGGUAGUGCAAAGAAUUCGGAUUGUUGUAGAUUAUGCUAGACUAUGAGUCAUGCGGUCAAUAAUAUGUAAAUUGAAAGGUACUAUUGAUUUUUAGCAUCCAGAACUAGCAGUCAAAACUCUGAUGUUGUCGUUGUAUCUACUCUAAGGGAUCGUUUGGUACGCGGACUAAAUUAUCCCGGAAUUAUACCACAUUUGAUGGGAUAAGGUGGGAUAAGAUGGGAUAUCCUGGAUUAAGUCAUCCUACAUCUUAUCCCACCUUAUACCUCAUACCAAACGACCCCUAAGAAUUUAAUUCAACACUGUCUGUUUGUAAGUAUGUAAUUGAAUGGCAGGAAUGUAUGGUCAUAUCUCUGAACCUUGUAUCGUACAUUGGUAUUUCUCAAAUUUGUUUUUUCUCCGCU